CGCACGCGCGAUACGGCUCACCCGGCCCGCAGCUCGACCCCCGCCGAGGCCCAGACCGCAGCAGAAUCCUCUGGCUGCCGCUCGGUGAAAAAUGGUCUCCGUGAUGGUUUCUACCAUGCUCUCUGGCCUAGUGUUUUGGCUGACAUUUGGAUGGACUCCAAUAUCUGCGUAUAGCUCGAGGAGCCCUGACCGGGUCUCGGAAACAGAUAUCCAGAGACUGCUCCAUGGCGUUAUGGAGCAGUUGGGCAUUGCCAGACCGCGGGUAGAGUAUCCAGCACACCAGGCCAUGAAUCUUGUGGGCCCACAGAGCAUCGAAGGUGGAGCCCAUGAAGGUCUUCAGCACUUGGGUCCUUUUGGCAACAUCCCAAACAUUGUGGCAGAGUUGACUGGUGACAACAUUCCUAAGGACUUUAGUGAAGAUCAGGGCUACCCGGACCCUCCAAAUCCCUGUCCGGCUGGAAAAACAGUAGAUGACGGAUGUCUAGAGAACACCCCCGACACAGCAGAGUUCAGUCGAGAAUUCCAGUUGCACCAGCACCUCUUUGAUCCAGAACAUGACUAUCCAGGCUUGGGCAAGUGGAACAAGAAACUCCUUUAUGAGAAGAUGAAGGGAGGACAGACACGAAGGCGGAGGAGUGUCAAUCCGUAUCUACAAGGACAGAGACUGGACAAUGUGGUUGCCAAGAAGUCGGUCCCCCAUUUUUCAGAUGAGGAUAAGGACCCAGAAUAAAGUGAAGAACCCACAUCACCCAUUAGGCCUCAGUACUGCUUAUGCGCACGUGUGAUUAGAGCCCCUGUGAAUGGCAGCAUGUUUCUAAUUUAGACGAGUACGGAUGAAAAGCAGCUGUAUUUUAAUACUGCAUUGUCCUUCACACUGACAGCUCUGCUCUCUACUACUUUUUUCUUUUUAAAUGUGGAUCUGCGAUGAACAUUAAAAUUAAAGUGUAUAUAUCAGCAACAGCAAAAAGCAAGACUAUGAAUGAAGUGUCCUCAGAUAUCUUGCAGUUUAAAAUGGUGUUUCGGGCUGCACUCUUUUGGCAAAGUCUGUAAAAAGCUGGCAUUUGAUUUUGAUUAUGUAGUUCACCCAGCCCUUGGGCGUUGUUACACAUCAGUAAAGAAGAUUUUACUCAAGAGGAGGAACGGACACAUUUCACUUGGCUACAUCUUAAUAAAUGUGUAUGCAA